AUGUAUGAAAAAGUUAAAGUGGCAGUCCGUCUACGUCCUUUACUAGACGAAGAGUUGCUAACCAAAGAUAAAUCUGUUUGUGUUGAUUCAAUUGACACCUCAAAAAAAUCAAUCAUAAGUAUUUGUUUCUAAUUCAUUCAUCAGUUAAGAAGGACUUUGAAAAAAGGCAAUUUCACUUCGAUACUGUAUUCGAUCCUAAAGUUACUCAAAGUUAAAUUUACAAUGACGUAGCCAGAAACAUCGUUGCAGUAUUACAAUCCAUUGAAAUUAUAGAGUGUGAUCAAAGGUUUUAAUGGAACCAUAUUUUGUUAUGGCCAAACAGGAACUGGUAAGACAUACACUAUCAUGGGCAAAAUUGAUACUGAAGAAAGAGGAAUCACUCCACGCACAUUUGAAUAAAUAUUUCAUGACAUUUCACUCGAUGAUGAAUAUACAUAUAAUGUACAAAUGGGAUACUUGCAAAUAUACAUGGAAAUGGUACACAUCCAUACCUAUAACAUAGUUGCUAGAUUUAAUAAGACCUGAUAAUUUCGAAGUCAAAAUUAGAGAAUCACUUGAUCAAGGAGUAUUCAUAUCUGGUUUGGAAUGGCUUAAAGUUGCAUCCCCAUAAGAAUGUUUGAAGAUCAUCAAUUUAGCAGAGAAGAAUAAGGUCGUUGCCUUUACUAAUCUCAAUGCUCAUUCCUCAAGAUCUCACUCAAUUUUAAUUAUUAAAUUAGAAAAGCAAUCUCAAAGGUAGCAUUCCAAAUCAAUUACCAUAUUCUAGAAAUCUCAUAAAUAAAAAACUAAUCUUUCUUAAGAUAUUACAUUUGAAUAGUUAGAUUUGAAUAAUAAUAGCAAUGGGGGUACCUUAUAUUUAGUAGAUUUGGCUGGUAGUGAAAGAAUAAAAAAGUCAAAAGCCUCAGGAGAUAGAUUGAAUGAAGCUCGAUCAAUAAAUUGUUCACUAACAGCCUUGGGAAAAUGCAUUCAUGCUUUAACUGGUCCAAAAAAUACCUUCAUUCCAUUUAGAGAUUCCAAAUUAACAAGAAUUCUAUAGGAAGCAUUGGGAGGUAAUUGUAAGACUGCUUUAAUUGUAAAUAUUGGGCCAGCAGGAAAACAUGUUGAAGAAACUCUAUCAAGUCUCACUUUCGGCAUGAGAGCAAUGAAAAUAACGAAUACGCUAUAGAUUAACUAGACUGUUGACUUUGAAGUAUUUUGAUUCUGAAAUAUCUAUUAGUAACUUGUACAAUAACUAAAAGUAGAAUUAUAAAUGAAAGAUGAAAUCAUAUCAAAAUUAGAGACCCAAAAGUCAAAAGCAAACUAUUAAGAUAACUAGAUGAGUAAUUCAGAAAUGCAAUAUAAGAUUAAAUUGGAGAAAGUAGAGGAACAACACAAAGGAUUUCUAGAAGAAAUUGAUAAAGUAAUGGUUGAGUAGGAACAAGAAAACGAAUAAUUGAAAAAGUAAUUGGCUUAAGUAAUGAUUGAGUUUGAGGAAUCCAAGAGUAGAGAAGAAGUUCUAUAAUAAGAGAAUCUAAUCUUAACCUAAAGGUUAAAUAAAUUAGAUAUUGAAUUAUCAAAGGCUCAAUCUAGUGUAAUUAUUUUCUUAUUGUAAUUCUAGAAUGUUAAUCUAAGAAAUUAGGUACAGCAAUCUAAAGAGUUAUCUAAAGAUCAACAACUGUAAGAAAUCACAUUUAGGAAUUGCGCACUAAUAUAGGUGAGUAGGGAAAAAUAGAAUUAAUAAUGGAGAUCCGAAUUAUAAUAAAUUACUUCUUAAUAUGCUAAUAGAUUGGAAGAAGUAAAAAGAUUCGAAAUUUAUCAUUCAGGAAAAGAAAAUGAAAAUAUGCAGCACGAAAAACAAUAAAUUGAUGACUUAACAUCUCAAAUUAAAUAAUUGAAGUUUGAGUCCACAAUAAAUCAAGACAAGGAAUCAAAAUAAAAUUAAAUCAUCAACUAACUUAAUUAAUAAAUAUUAAAAUUAAAUUAAUUAAGAGAAUCUGAUAAUUUUCAUAGUUUAGAAUAAAUUAAAUAAUUAGAAAGCGAGAAAUUUUAAAUCUAAUUUUUACUAGAGCAAUCAGAAAAUAAAUCAAAUUAAUUGCUUUAAAAAUUAGAAUAAAGUGAACUAUAUUUUAAGUAAAUAUUAGAAGUUAACUCAUAAAAUUAUAAUAAAUUAUAAGAAGAAAACUUUGGUUUAAAUAAAUAAAUACAGAUAAUCCAAGAGUAAUAUGAUAAUCUUCAGAAAAUCUAACAAUAGUAGUUCUAAUACUACAAUUAUGAAAAAUAAGUGCUAAAACAAUAAAACGAUGAGUGUCAUUUGUAACUCUAAUAGGUAGCCAUAAAUAACAAGGAUCUGCAGUUGCAAUCCAACCUAGAAAAGAGUACUAUGCAAUCAUUAGACAAUAAAUCAUUGAGAAUCGAUUUUCUCAAUACUUAAUUGCAAUCUAAUGAAUAAAACUUUGAUAUUGAAUUAAAGAAAUCUAUAACUGUAUCAGGAUAGAAUGAAGGUUAAAUUGUAAUUGAAAUGUAAAUACGAAUUCAAUAACUUGAAGAUUAUAUCGAAAAUUUAUAAAAUCAAAUUCAAUAAAGAGAUUUACAAGAAUAGACUAUUUGUUAUGCAACAGUAAGGAGUUUAUUGGAAGAACUUGUUAAUUAAGUUGAAUAAAACAUAUUGAUUACAAAUGACACACUUGAAAAGAGGUAUUUUUUAUCACUAUUUUAUAGUUCCGAUAAUAAUUAGAUAUUCCAAAAUGGAGAACAAUCUUACAAUAAAUAGAAUAUAUAGUAAUUAGUUUAAAGCUUGCUUAUUGAAUCUAGAUAACAUGAUUAACAAAUUACAGAGUGUGAAGAAUUUAGUGGUUCAGAGAUAGAAUUUUAGUUAAAGAAUUUCGAAUAAUAAGAGUAGCAAAAUCAAAGUUAAUUGGAUGAUUACAAUCACAAAUAACAACCAGCAUUUUCCUUUAGUUAAGAAUAAAAAAGAAUAGAUUAGCCACGUUCUCAAAAUAAUUCAAUCCGCAUUUAAAAUUAACAAAAAUUCAAAAUAUAAGAAUCUUAGUUUGAAGCAAGCGAAAUUAAUUGCUAGAUUUAUUACGAUGAAUCUUUUGAGCAGUGUAUUUUAGAUUAAUAAGUAGGUUCCAGUUUAAGUUUAUAAAAUCAGAAUAAAAAUAAUGAUCAACAUAGAGAAGUCAUAGAGAGGAAGCAAUAAAAUGAAUUGAAAUCUAAAUAAACUAAAAAGUAAUUUUAAUAGUAUAAAAAGAAUUGAAAAAGAGAAUUUAUACUAAGUAAUUAAAUAUAUGUCUUAAUUACUCAAGGAUCAAAAUAAAAAGGAAUGUAAAGAUACUUACAACACAUUGGAUGCCUUAAGAUCAUCGAUGCUUGAUUUUAAUAACCUAUGCAAUACUUUAACAACUUACUUUUCCUGA